GUUGUAACUAAAAACAACAUGGCGGCAUUUGGUAUCCAACCAUUAUAAACAUACUCAUUUAUUUACGAUUUUCAUCGAAUAACUAGUGGUGUUUCACUUAUUUCUAGUCUUACAAAGUUAACAUGGAGAGUAUCAGAUGAAUAUAUUACUUUUCAAACAUCAUCAUGGACAGCAGACUUUUAGCUGGGGCAUAUUCCAUGCAAUUUAAAGCCUUUGAACAACAAACUAUUGAAGAAGAUAACAGACUAGACUCAUUAGCUAAAGCCAAAAAGUUGUCUCAGGAAACUAACAAAAGAAGAAAAGUUCAAGCUCAUAGGAGAAAAAUAGAAGCUCAGAGGGAAGAGAAACGCAGGCAAGAAAUUUUGUUGAAGCGGAGAGAAGAACAAAAAUUAGCAACUGAAAAAUAUCAGAGAUCCCACCUGCCACCUAGCGCCAGACAGGGGAGUGGGAGGCGCAGUCCACGGAGACAGGGAUUUGUGUUGGACGAUGCGUUAAGGUUAAUCCGUGGGGGGCCAGACAGACCAGGCUCAAGUAAAAAUGAAAAUGAAGACCCGAUGGAAAGGUCUUAUUUUAACAGCACAUGGCACCAUCCUGUGUUGGCGCCACCAAGCAAAUCUCAGCCCAGGGCUGACGCGAACUACAAGACAGAGCUGCUAGACUCCAGCAUGCAGAACUACAGCAGCAGCAGGAGUUUGUUUGAGCAGCAGCUGGACAACCAGCAGAACCUGCUCCGGGAGCAGCAACAGUCUUCUCUCAGAGAGUUCAAUGAAGCCAUCAAGAAAGAGAUAGAGGAUGACGAGACGGUCCAGGGAAUCAUCGAAGACCCGUACGAGGACUCCCAGCUUAUAGACAACGACAGUUGUUCCAGUGUUGACAGUCUUGAAAAAUCAAUGGCCAAGAACACAAGUUCAAGGCCAGCCAGCGCACACCCCAAACUGCAGUCCAGCCAGAUGGAAUGCAAACAAGAGGAAACACAGUCGAAGAAACAGUUUUACUUCCAUCCACCCAGUCUUAGCCAGGGCAGCAACACUUACAGGGUUAGUCAUGAUCUCACUGAGUCAGCAUUGUUCGAUAAACAAGGGUCAAUGAAAGACUUACCACCCUCUGGGGAAAUAGAACAACUUCAUAAGCAACAAUCUGAGUACUCUUCUUUCAAAGGAAAAAAUUCCAGUGAGCUGUUGCACAACACCAUUAGCCAGCAAAGAGAGGCUGCAGACCAACCAAGUGCAGGGAAAUUGAUCUCUGUGGAACCUUCACAAUUAGGAGUUUCUCAGACAAGUUCCUUUUUAUUAAGAACCCUACAGCAACAGUCCAACACUAGAACCAAACCUUUUCAAACUCAGGGAGAAGAAGAGCUCUGGAAGCAGCAGAAUAAAACUUACAAUAAUUUAAUGGUUUCAGAGGAGAAGAGCCCCACAUUCAAACAGAAUGUUCCAGACAGAAAUACCAAAGGACAGUUGUCUCAGGGGGUAGGGGAAGACAGAAACAGAAAUGAAACAGAGAAUCUACAACCCAGGUAUGCGUCUGCAAUCAGCACGUCUAUAUGGGCGGGACAGAUAACUCCAAGCCAGGCCCAGAAUGCAAAUUAUAGCAACAAAAGUACGACUCUGACAUUACCUGUACCCUCCACCACACAGCAACCUGCAGUCAAUACAGCAUCUUUGACGGCUCAGUCGACCGCAACACAACAAGUCAUUUCAACAAGUACAAACCCAGCAAGUGCUGGCUCACAGAAACCAGUUGCGUCCCCUCCUCCCUCUGGUUUAAACACCCCCAGUAUGUUUGACGACUUUGCUGCCUUCAACAAACAGAUCCUCACCUACUCCAAAGCCUACAGUCAACAGGACCAGAAUGACACUCAAAAAGUACCUCAGUCUAAGGCAGCACCAGCCACUGACACACCCAACGUCUCCAACAAUCAAACUAGACUUGAGAACAAUUUCACCCACCCCACAGAAGAGAGGGAGGAUCUACUUAAGGCUCACAUGGCUUCCUUACUUGUCAGUGGUAGAUCAACAAACAACAUCAACAGUUCUAAAUUCACAGCAACCCCUGCAUCCACUUCAAACUACAACGUCAAGACAACAGACGACACGCAAGGUUUCUACAUAGAAAAAGUUCACAUCAAGGAGGAGUCUAGCGAGGACAACACGGAAGACCUACGGCCAGUCAGGGGUAUCUUGAAACAGACCAACUUAAACACAGAGCACAAUAAAUCAGUUCAUGCCAAACCUCACGUCCGAGACAGCUUAGAACUGGCCAGACUACACAAUGAAAGGAAGACAACAAAAAAGAGUGUCCGCUUUGCUGACCAUAAUAUUGAGGAGAAUGACAUUGAGAUAGAUGAAGAAGAUGACGAAAUGUUUGUUCCAAAAAAUAUAGAAUUUACUAACAGACCAGGCCCCAACAGACCAGCCUCAGCCAAAAAUUUCUCCACCCCAAAACCCGAAGCUGUUCGAGCCACCAGGACCGCCAGCGCUGGCACCAUCAGACCUACACAAGAGGACUCUGCGCAGCUGCAGAUUAGAAACGUGCAGCAGCUGUACCAGAACACCAACACUUCCAACACCAACACCUCCAACACCAACACUUCCAACACCACAGAAUCCCAAGCUGCUAACUCUGGCGGCUUGAACCAAAGAUCCAACCUCCCCUAUACAAACCCAGUGAACACCUCCGGAGUCAUUAAUCGGCCGAGAGCUGCCGCUCAUAUCAUCAUGAACUCAGAAUCACAGAACCAUAUUAAAGGAGUGACCACUGACCAAGACAACAACCAGACCACAUCAUCGCAUGCAACAACCGCCCACAAAUCCCAGUUAGAAGCUAAGGUGAAAUCCAUCAACAACAACUUCAUGACCAAAGUCCCAGUCAGGGUCCCCGCCAGCUCCCAGGGUGUGGUGUACCAUGCAGCGUUUGAUAACGACGAACUGACUGGCCUCAACACAACAAACUCCAACACCACUGAACCAAACUACCAAGUCAUCAGAGACGAAGAACGGCCAUUGAAUAACGAUAGAUCCAGAAUACGAGACACCGCGUCAAGACGGGUUGCGAUAUCCAAUGCCACGGUAACCAGAACCAGCAUUGUCCCAGCGUCCACCAAAAUCUCCUACCCCCAGACCAACACAGCAAUUCCGGCAUAUUCCACGACCAGCGGUAAGAACCAACCAGUGGCGGUGUAUGGUGAAAACGGACUGCGGAUUGACAGGACCCCCACGGAUGAGGAGAUUACAUGGCUGUGGGACAAGGUCCGGAGCUGCUUGCAUAAGGAGGACAGUGGGGGCAAUAAGCCACUAGGGGGCCCCUCAGGGGACCCGGGCUCCAGGCCCCCACCUUAUCUCUCCACCAAACUGAUUGACGGAACAUCUUUAGGCUUUAGUAGUAAUGUGAACACCAACAACAAUGUGGAUGCUGCCGGGUCAAGGGGCGGGUCAGGGUUCGUCCAGACCCAUGUUGCUGCUCCAGUAGCUGUGACCCAGAACAAGGUCAAGUCGGUCAUUCAACCACAGGGGAGUUAUUUGAAGAGGUAUGGUCUGCUGAAGCAGCGCCGCACCCACUCUGCUUCACCUGCAGGCACCACUGGAGCUCAGGCCAACCAGAGGGCCAGCAGUGCAGUGUACGGGCACCAGCCCACCAUCCACGCCUUACAGCCUGCUGUCUCGUACGGACAGCCUCAGCAGAAAGAUGCACACGUGACAUUAGCGUACACAUACAAGCCCCAGGACGAAGUGUCAGAGAGCACAGCAGCCUUUGUGAUGGCGGAGAGACUGGCCAAACAGUCGCUGUCCGACAGCCACAUACAGCUGGCCAUGGAGGACGCACAGAGUAAACAGGAGCUGCACAACCGCUCUAAGAUAAUGGCGGCCAGAGGGGGUCAUAGUGCUCUCUCUGUGGAGGAGCAGCGGCUGUUGGAAUCUCUGGACAGGCUGAACGAAAGACUGAAAGAUACAAACAAGACAAAUGGCACCAUACAUUUCCAUCAACCCUUCCAGCCUCAUUUGACUGGGUUCCGAGGCCACACCCCAGUGAUUGACAGCAGACGUCACAACUUGACAUCUCCCAGAGUUCAACAGAGGGCCCAGUCUGCCAGAAUCAGACAGCAGACGCGUCAGUACAGGUGAACCUAGGCCUGCAUUGGGAUAACUUGUCUCCCUUGAGUUGAAGGUGAACCAAGACUUGCAUUGGGAAAACUUGUCUCCCUUGAGUUGAUGACAUCAUUCUCUGACUUGUAAAAAGUAGACAGCACAUUUGUAAUUUUCUUUAGUUGUACAAUGCUAAAGCUCAUCAUAAAAAACCCCAUUAAAAUUUUGUACUCCUUCAUCAAAAGAAUCACGUGAUUUAAACAAAUAUUGUUGUAUACAUUAUUCCUACAAAAGACUGCUGUUUACUACUUGAGGCUGAAGGACAUAAUUUUAAAGUAUUUUUUUCUUAAGUAAGAAUUGACAACUGUUAAAAACACCUGUUAAAUCUGUUGACUUCAUCAGUACUUGCUUUGAUAUGCUCUUAAGUUGUUUUUUUUUCCAGAUCUAAAUCUAAUAACCUUACAAAAUAUGCUUUUAUUUCUUAACUAAGCCGAUUUUAAAAAAUAAUUGGGCCUCUGUUAAAUGUGGAUUUACUCUACCCUAGUGUGGUUUAGUCACAUUUUAUCACUCUUUUUGAUAGUUGAUACACAACACCACACUUUCAGACUAGAAUCAUCUGACUUUCGACAACACAUUCUGUUAAUUUGACAUAAUUCAUUUGCUGUGACAUUGAUUGUUUUGGAUUUGCUGGGUAGCUGGACAUAUACUGCAACAUUGUGCUGGUAGCUGGACAUAUACUGCAACAUUGUGCUGGGUAGCUGGACAUAUACUGCGACAUUGUGCUGGUAGAUGGACAUAUACUGCAACAUUGUGCUGGGUAGAUGGACAUAUACUGCGACAUUGUGCUGGUAGAUGGACAUAUACUGCAACAUUGUGCUGGGUAGCUGGACAUAUACUGCGACACUGUGCUGGUAGCUGGACAUAUACUGCAACAUUGUGCAGGUAGCUGGACAUAUACUGCAACAUUGUGCAGGUAGAUGGACAUAUACUGCAACAUUGUGCUGGUAGAUGGACAUAUACUGCAACAUUGUGCUGGUAGAUGGACAUAUACUUUGACACUGUGCUGGUAGAUGGACAUAUACUUUGACACUGUGCUGGUAGAUGGACAUAUACUUUGACACUGUAUGUUUUACUAACAGUACAGGACAUUCCAUUGGACAGACAGUUCUUAAAUUUUUUUACACUCUUCAUCUUUUUACAAACAUCAACAGGUCUGGACAGGUGGCUAAAAACUGACCUGUCUAAGGCAUUCAUCCCGCAUUGGUUCUACAUUUAUUUGUGAAAGUUACGGUUGUGCUUGUCACAGUCGUAUUUGUGACAGCUGUAUUUGUGACAGUUGUAUUUGUGACAGUUGUAUGUGUAACAAUUGUAUGUGUGACAGCUGUAUUUGUGACAGCUGUAUUUGUGACAGUUGUAUUUGUGACAGUUGUAUGUGUGACAAUUGUAUGUGUGACAGCUGUAUUUGUGACAAUUUUAUUUGUGACAGUUGUAUUUGUGACAGCUGUAUUUGUGACAAUUGUAUUUGUGACAGUUGUAUGUGUGACAGUUGUAUUUGUGACAGCUGUAUUUGUGACAGCUGUAUUUGUGACAGUUGUAUUUGUGACAGCUGUAUUUGUGACAGCUGUAUUUGUGACAGUUUUGUCUGUGACACAGCACCUGUGUUACCAAAUAAUGUCCAUAUUUAUUCCAAUUUUUGUCUGUUUAUACUGCAAGCACCAAUCUAAAUACUGAUUUCUCUGUUUAACACACAGCAAGCUGUACAUUCUAAUGUUAAAUAUUCAAAACAAUACUGCACAUUUUCCGUGCUAAAUUGCUGUUUGUUAUUAUGUGCAAAGAAAUAAAAAUGCUGUGCCUUAUUUGUUCUGACAUAAUUUUUAUAGCACAAUUCUAUCAAUUAUUGAGGAUUACACAGUUUGUUGAACUGACUAAAUAACAACACAGUUGUACCAAGUAUUUGUAAUGGAUGUUGUAAAAUACAACUAUUUUUUUUUACCUUAACAAGCCAGUGAUUUGAUUCUUGUAUU